AUGGUUGUUUCAGGCAUUCCAAACAAACAUGAACUGGUGAAUUAUGUUCCAUGUAUGCCAAGUCUAUCCUCGGCGAACCUUCCAUGGCUGAUUGGAAGCCGAGCAGACAGAGAAUUUCGUUUCCAGUUCUGGCUUCGCAGCAUCUCCAGAUUCCGCCAGCUCAGAUGGGUUCUCUGCAACUCUUUCAACGCUCUCGAGCAUUCCAUAAUCACCACAUUUCCCAAAGAGGCAGGCAUUUGCCCAGUAGGCCCUUUCCUCCCACAGCAGAAGAAAAUGAAAGAAAAAAUGGAGAAAGAUGGGUGCUUACAAUGGCUAGACAAACAAGCUUUGGGGAGCGUAAUAUACGUAUCCUUUGGGAGCAGCAUAGUAUUGAAAGAGAAACAAGUAGAGGAAGUAGCUUUGGCUCUAGAGAAGAGUGGAAGACCAUUUCUAUGGGUUGUGCGCGGAAUAGAGAAGUUUCUUUCUGCAGAAUAUUUGGAGCGAAAUGGAGAAAGAAAGUAUAUUCUUUCAUGGGCUCCACAGAUGAGCGUGCUAUUACACAGGAGUGUGGGGUGCUUCGUGACGCACUGUGGAUGGAACUCGACGGUGGAGAGCAUAACGGCGGGCGUGCCCAUGAUUUGCUGGCCUUGCGUUGCAGAUCAAUUUCUUAAUUGUGCUUAUGUUGUUGAUAAUAUUUGGAAGAUUGGGUUGGCUUUAAGUGCAAAUGACGAAGGAAUUGUGGAAAAAGUUGAGAUUGAGGAGUGCUUACGAAGAAUAAUGGCGACAGAGGAGGGGACUGAGAUUAGGAGGAGGGCCCACAAGCUCAAGGAGUGCGCCGUGAAUGCAACAUCAAGAUCUUCGUCCAUUAAAUUUACUGCUUUUUUAAAUGCCAUGAAAACGAGUGAGGGAGGAUGA